CAAACAAAAUAUGGGCCGACACUUUGAACAUAGCAACCAUGCAGACCAACAUUUUGAGAAUAGAAGAGACCGUUCUCGAUCGCGUUCUCCAUAUAGACCCUCACAGUCACAUCGACACAAGCGUAGACGCACGGAAUCCCCAGCAUCAAGGCCACAAGUGCUGCCCUUCCAUGCCCCGCUUUUAAGCAAACAUGACUUCAGAGAAUACAAGGCCAUUUUUUCGCUCUACCUCGAUGUGCAGAAGGAACUCCAGCUAGAUACCCUCGAUGAGCGGGAAGUCAAAGGACGUUGGAAGAGUUUUGUAGGAAAGUGGAAUAGAGGAGAGCUGGCCGAGGGAUGGUAUGACCCGAGCACGAAGAAGAAAGCGGAUCAUUCUGCAUUGACUUCCGAUCUUCAGAAUCAUACACCACAGGAGAACGAAGAACAUGAUGUUAGCACGCGAGAUUAUUGUUCUCGGGCACAAGGUAAUCAGAGCGACGAUGAGUCCGAGGACGACGAAUUUGGCCCUUCACUACCAGCAGAAACAAGGAGCGGCAAGAUAUCAGGACCAGCAAUACCAAACAUGCAAGAACUCGAACUUGCAGCUGAGCUCCGAGCCGAAGAACAAUCUUUGGCUCGAGCCGAACUCGCCUAUAGCCGCCGAGUAGAUCGAAAACUACAGAAAGAACAGCUUGAAGAAUUGGUUCCGCGCGCGGAUCCCGGUUCUCGUGAGCGACAACUGGAGAAGAAGAGGCUAUUAAAUGCGACGAUUGGCGGAUUCAAGGAAGCAAAAGAGGGUGGUGAGGUAGAGGUUGGGGAUAGUGACUUGAUGGGUGACGACGGUUUGGAGGGUUUCAAGAGAAGGAAGGCGGAGAUGGAAAGGAAGAAGACUGAAAGGGAAUUGAGGAAGGAGGAGCAAUUGAGGGCGAGACGCGCGGAGAGGGAGAUGAGGCUAAUGAAGGCGAAGGAGAAGGAGGAGAAGACGAUGGAAUACCUGAAGGCGUUGGCAAAGGAACGAUAUGGCUGAAUGAGUCUGCCAUAACUCUCAGGCUACGAGGCCCUUAACCAGCCAACAAUGGCAUCCAGAGUGUAGAGUGCUGGAACGCCGUGGAAAGUAAUUGAAGCUUUAUGAUUGAUUCUUGCUCAUAUCAAAAGCCUCGCAAAAUAUGCAUCGAGGCCCCAUACAUAAGACCAUAGUACUCCAUGCCAUGUUCGCAUUUGAUUUGUUGUUG